AUGGUAAAGCAAAAGUCUUCGUUGGCAAAAUAUGUCCAUGCCAUCAAGAAUUCGCCCCGGGAUAUUUUCAAUCGGCGGCUCUUCCUAACAGGGUUUGCGUUUGCCCUUGGAGGAUGUGCAAAAGGAUGGGAUGAAGGAUCUGCUGCUGCGAUCACACAGCUUGAAUCUUUCCAUAAAUCCUACCAUCUCGACAAUAGUUCCAUAUCAAAUAUCGUAUCUCUCGUCAACCUAGGUGCUGGAGUUGGAGCUCUCCUUUCGUUCUUACUCAACGAUCGCAUUGGCCGAAAGAUGUCGCUUCGAGUAUAUUCGGUCAUCUACAUUAUCGGCUCUCUCAUCUCUUGUUUCUCGUCGGGCAAUGCCGGUGCACUCUACGUUGGUCGAAUUGUUGCCGGCCUAGGAAUCGGGGCAUUAUCUGUUGUCUGUCCAAUGGCAAUAUCCGAAAUUGCUCCCCCUGCCGUGAGAGGUUUGAUGACGUUGUGGUUCAAUAUCUGCAUGUUAUCUGGCCAAGCCUUGGGCGUCUUUAUUGUUUACGGCUGCUCUCUUCACGUCGCACCCACGAAGGCUCUGCAGUAUCAAGUUCCUUGGUUUGCUCAGACCUUCGCGCCAGCAUUGAGCAUUAUGCUUUCUUUCUUCACUGUGGAGUCUCCUAGGUGGCUUCUCCUUGAUCAUGAGCAUGACAAAUCUCUUACUGCGUUGGUCCAGCUUCGUGGAUUGCCAGCAGAUGCAGACUUUGUAACCACCGAGUUCCAUAGCAUGGCAUCUCAUAUCGAAGAUCGAGACGCCGGGCUCGGCAAUACCAGUUCCCUGCAGAUUGUUAAGGAGACCUUCCUGGUAAAGUCCAAUCUACGCCGGGUGCAAUUGACGAUCAUCAUUUACAUUCUCGCGCAAAUGUCCGGGGCCAACGCAAUCACCAACUACUUACCCACCAUUUUCGGAAUGAUUGGGGUUACCAGCUCGGAUGUCAAGGUCUACUCGACGGGGCUGUAUACAAUCACGAAACUGGUAUGCUGCGUGGCCGCAUCGCUGUUUUUCAUCGACCUUGUUGGCCGCCGAAAGUCUCUCAUGAUAGGCAUCUCGGUUCAAAUCGUCUGCCACUCGUACCUUGCCGGGUAUCUCAAAAUUUAUCAAACUCACAAGGCGUAUAUGGGUAAAGAAUCUACUGAUGCAGCUUUGGCAUUUAUUUACAUCCAUGCAUUUGGAUGGGCGAUCGGCCUGUACAGUUUGCCUUAUCUGUUUGGUGCUGAGCUCUGGCCUAAUAAGAUCCGAUCAUUUGGAGGAGCAUUGUCUCAAUGCUUUCACUGGCUCUUUUACUUUGCUAUCACCAAAGCCGCUCCUUCUAUGCUGACGAGUCUCCAUCAGUGGGGAGCAUUCGUUCUUUUUAUCGGGUUUUGUGUAGUGGCUUUACUCUACACUUACUUCAUGGUACCAGAAACAUCAGGCAUGAGUCUGGAGGAGAUCAACCGAAUCUUCGAACGCCCGAUAGUUCUGCUAGCGCGGCCACUGGAACCUUCGAACAGUUACGAGGUAGAACGAGCCGGUGAAAAUCAACCGAGCGAUCCGAAGGCAAAUGAGAAGUGGAUCGAGAAGGCGUGA